AUGGCAACGAUCAAUCACGUCCCCGAGGAAAUCCUCCUGGAAAUUGUCGAGUAUGUUUAUCUCACCACGGCAGACACCUCCAACGGCCUACCUCGUCUCGGCCUCUACAAUCAAGCAGAAAAAAUUGCCAAUACCAAAAGCCUCCGCUUGACGUGUCGCAAGUUGUGCCGGCUUACCACGCGUCCACUCUUUACUGCAGUAUCUUGCUCAAUACUCGAUCACUCAUCGCUCAAGAGGCUGGAGCACAUUUCCCGGUAUCCCCAUCUCUCUGAACAUGUCAAGACCGUUCACUUCAAGCUGGGCUUUUACGACCCCAUCCUGGCGCAGGAUCUCGAGGGCCUCGCGAAAUAUCUCCUGUGGGCAUGGGAGGACUUUAAACAGCCUGCGCCUGGAGACAAGGCGGGCUGGGAAGUAGACGAGACGACGGAAGAGGUGGCCAUGAGGCGCACCCUGGAGGAGUGGAUCUACCUGUCGCAGAAUGGCAACCGCCGGGACCGCGAGAGGCUCUUGCCAGCGCUCCUCAAGAUACAGGCCGAGUACCGCCGCCGCUACAUGGUCCAGCAGAACCUGCGCAAAGGCGGCAGCGCCAUCCGCCGCGCCGGAGAGGCCAUGGCUCGCAUGCCAGCGGCGACCAGUCUCAUCCUGCAGGACGCUCGGCAGGCACAUGCUCACCUCGGCCCUACGCUGCCCUCGACGCUGAACUCGGCGGUCGACCUCAGCACGCUGCCGCUCUCUCUGAGCUGGACCGACAGCGCCAGGCUGAAGGAGGAAAGAUGCCUCUGCGAGUUCACACCCCCUUUCGACCUGAUCAUCGACAUCCCUGUGGCGAUGCACCGGGCGGGCGUCGUGUUGACGGAGCUGCGCAUACUGGGCAUGCCGAUCCCCGACGAGGUGCCAGCGUGGGACGCGAUCGAUCCGUACGGAUGGGAGCGGCACCCGACCAAUGCCGCCGCGCUGGACUUGACCAACGAAAUCCAGCUGUCCACCGCCAGCGACCUGGCAGAAGCCUGCUCGCAACUCCAGGUCUUUCAGUAUGACCCCCAGACGGAGCUGGUGGUCAAGGACGAGGUCCAGACCUUCCUGUACAUGUUUGACGACACGCUGUCGCGGCUCAGCAAGAUCAUGGAGCAGAUGUGCAUGUCAAUCCACAUGCGGCGGCUGCACUUGGAUUGUCUGUGUCUUGACUAUGGCUCGGCCAGCGACACAGAGAUCCACUACUUUGAGGCCGUGUUUGCGUCGGCCUCGUGGCCGAACCUCGAGAGUCUUCACAUAGUCAACGGCCGGCUGGAGAGCGGCAGCACGCUGCUCAACCUCGUCCGGGACCUGCCCCGGCUGAGCCACCUCGAGCUCGACACGCUGGGCCUGGACUUUUACCACGCCGAGGGAGCCCUGAGGCUAGCUGGUCGCACCUCCUGGAUGAGCUCAAGAAGGAGGUCCAUCGUCUGCAAAGAAACGGACUGCGGCAGAGCGGCCGGGAGCCCGUGCUGCCGAUCCGAAUCAGAAAUCCCGAGGCCUUUCUGCAUCAACACCCUGUAG